UGUCCAAAACAACCACUAGUAAAUGUUUGGUUUUGAGAGUCCUACUCAGUGCGUCGCUAGCUGAACGUUAGGCGACCGAUUAUUUACUUGCUCACCAGGACAUUACGUGGAGCAGUUCUGUUGUGAGCCUUCAAGAUCAAGUCCCCUUCUCCGUACCUUGCCGGGUGCGAGACGCAGUAUCUUGGAAACCAGUCGAAAUAUCCAAUAAUUAUAUUGGUGGCAACUGAAAUGGCGAGCAAAAUCGGGGCGACAUUGACCAACCACCGUCAUGGGAAGACGCGCGUGCGAGUGGCACGUGUGUGGAGAGCCAACGAUGGAAAACAGGAGAUGCGCGAGUGGACGGUAGAGGUACUCAUAGCAAGUCCAAUGGAGAGAGCGUUUACUGAGGGCGAUAAUUCAGGAAUGACCACCACGGACACGUGCAAGAACAUGUGCUUUCGCGUGGCCAAGCAACUCGCCGAGCCGUGCGGACCCGAGGUGUACGCGUUGAGCAUCGGGGAGAAUUUCCUAAAGUCGUUCCCGCUGGUGACUGCUGUUCAAGUAGAGGUAUUUGAAGUGGACUGGCAGCGCGUGGCCAGCGAAUCCGCAGUUCCGCACAAUCAUGGAUUCAUGCGCGUGGAGCCAGCUCGGCGUGGUGCUUACGUGCUGAUGAAGCGGCGAGAGGAGAACAGGCCGGUGGUGUUCGGAGCCAUUGACGGCCUGACCGUGCUGAAGACGACGCAGAGCGGGUUCGAGGGAUUUCGACGCUGCGACAGCACUGCACUGCCGGAGACACGCGAACGCUUGCUGGGCACAUCCGUGACUGCGUACUGGCGUUACGAACAGGGCAAGCGACAUGACUUCGAUGCCGCGUACACUCGUGUACUGGCGGCGAUGAAGAGUCAAUUCUACGGACCACCUAAGAGUGGUACGUACAGCCCAUCACUGCAGUUCACCAUGUAUCAGAUGGGCAAGGCGGCGAUUUCCAGCUACCCCGGCCUCGAGUCGAUUGAGCUGAACCUGCCCAACAUCCACUUCAUCCCGUACAACAUGCCCGCCCUGGGGAUGCCGUUCCGUGACGACGUCUACAUGGCAACCAGCGAGCCGCACGGUACCAUCCAGUGCACAGUCACCAGGGAUACGGUUGCUAAGGAACCAAGCCCGGUGCGCAUAGCUGCCAAGCUGUAAUCGAGAGCCGUGGAGCAUCGCCGUCAGAGAGCUCUCCGGUGCAUUAAUGGUACGUAUGGUGAAGACCUACUGCGUGAUUAGUGCCUGUGUGGUGAUCUAUAACGCUCACAGUCAUCCGGUGUAGGGCACCCUUUAUAGAAAGUUACAUGAACACGGAGCCAACAUUAUGGGGAUUACAAGCCGCAUUCUCUACGAGCCAGGUUUCCGGAAAACCCGGUGUCACUAUACGUUUUUUAGCGUUCAGUAAAUUUCUUAUUCCACAUGGUCUGUGCCAUUGCACAGUGUUGCCAGUGAAACUGCCUUAUCAAUGUGAUGACGAAAACCUAAACAGUUACUAAGUAACAAAUGCCGUUAGCUCGUAGGUUAUUUUGGAAAUACGGCAUUGUUUGAAUGCAGAUGAACGUUGUCCACAUAGUCGAGCAGUGAUGCGAUCUGUCAGUUGCUUUCCAUACUUUAGCUGUAGUUUUGCUGUUGCUUAGCUUGUCAAAUUAGGUGCAUUCUGCCCAUCGUGUACUAGUGUAGCCAUGAUUUUCGAGUUUGGGCGUACAUACAUGUCAUGUCAUGUCUGUAUCAAAACUCAAUAUUGCUGAUACUUGAA